AGUGUCACGUGAGGAACGCAGUGGGAAUGGAACAAAAAUCAAUUUUCUACCUAACACAAUAACGUCAUAUGAUCACAAGUGCAAAUUCGGAGGGCAGAUAACUUCACUGGACGGCAAGAUGUUGCGGGCGAUUUCCCUUCUAUUUGCGCUGAUUGCGGCUGCAAACUGUGAUCAACUAUCCGUGCUAUAUGCGCCAAAAGCGGUGGAAUUCAGUGGAAACAGCCGGUUGGAUUCGGAAGCGCUGCCGGAAGUGUUCGGAGCUGCCCUGGGCUACUCCGUGAGCCUACCGACAGAAUGGGACGGUAUGAUAAUCAAGGAUCCGUUCAACACUGCCAACGGAGCGGUUGUGGUUGUUGCCGAGGGACUUGAAUCCGUUACAGUGGAGGUAUGUGCUCAUGACGCAUCGGUACGAGAGUGGCUUAUGCACCAUCCCCCCUUUUUUUUGCAGGGUGCCAAGAGCUAUCAAUUGGACGGUAAUACCGGAUCCGUUGCACUGAGCGAGCUAAUCCAAAAAUCGGCCGAUCACCAGGGUGUCAGCUUCGAGGUGGACCUGAAGGAAUCGUCCGAUAACUUUGCCACCCCGCUCGGUACGGUUCAGCCAGACGAUGAGGAAGUGAAACCGCAACAUCUGAAACCAAAAUCGAACAAAGCCGAUUCAGACUUUUUGCGCCAGAUUGCGUUCCUGAAUGGACUGAGCGAUCUGCUUGUCACAUCCACCGACCGCAUCCCGACCGUGCACAUUGUUCGCGUUUCCUUCGAAGCACUGGUGGCCGCCCACGAACCAAACUCUCCCGCAUUGGAGGAGGCGAAGAAACUGUUCGUUAACGCGUUGGCAGGUCUCGAAACGGCGUCCGAAAAGGCGUUCGAUGGUGCGGUUAUCGUUGGGCUGGUGACGGCCAGCGAAGGUCAGCUGGUGGUGCGUUCGAAGCGUCAGGCAGUACAACCGAAACAGGAUGAUGGUGAUGACAAUCCAAUGAACUUGGCCGCCAAGUACAACAGCAACUACCCAGUCAUGUUCAACAUCAUUCUAUGGUUCAGCGUCGUGCUAGUGUUCUCACUGAUCGCCAUCUCGAUCGUGAUCGGCACCAUGGAUCCGGGUCGCGAUUCCAUCAUCUACCGUAUGACCUCGACCAGAAUGAAGAAGGAUAACUAAAUCCAUUCAUCCGCACCUUCUUCGACCUAUAUCCGGUAGGCCAUAAGCGUUCCAGCUGUUAGCUAAACGAUCGUACCCGAUCUACUCUGUGCACUUGAUUAACAAUUCGGAAAGUAUUAGAACGUGAAGACCAUCUGUGCUGUGCUGGAACGCUGAGCCCUAGUGCUCCUAAUUGUAUGGGGUGCAAAACACACACAAACCUACCCCAUUUUAAAAGACUCUUCUUUUUUCGUCGUACAUCCAACCAUCAUCACGCUCCAACCAUCAGAUUUGACGUUCCCGUGGGACGAUGCAGGAAACCCAACAUCUUCCUUCCUAGAGAGAGAAAGAGUCCUGGCUGCGAAGCUGCGCUCAUCCACCGCACAACGUCCUCUCCCAUGAUACUUAAACGUUUGUUUGGUUUGUUUUCCCGAUUGAUAUGAGCCCCCCGAGUUGCCGUCGCCCUUGUCGGUGGAUUUUACCAACAACCAACCGCGCUAAUGCAUACGCGAUGUCCCUUUGUUUUCACUUGUUGUUGUUUAUUUGAGUUUCGUUCGUCAGGCGUAGAAAAUAAAUAAGGAUAACAUUCCAGAGCGA